AUGUUUUUCCUUUUGUUGCUUGUGUGUGAUGCAACACAACUUCGAAUGUUGCACCUCAGUGAUGUCCACUACAACAACGCCUUCAACGUCGAUUACAAAAGUAGUUGGUGCCAAUCCCCGACGUUAACUCCAUUACUUGACAAUGAAAAUUACAAAUAUGGAAUGUACAAUUGUAACCCUCCUAUCGAUUUAAUAGACGCUUUAUUUGAACACGCCAAAGAAAAUGGGCCGUAUACACAUAUUAUACUUUCUGGUGAUGUGUGUUCUCAUGAAUUGAAUGACACCCUCUUCCAAGAAUGUAACACUAUAAUGCAACAGAAAUUGAGUGAAUACUUCGGUGACACGCCAAUCAUAUUUUCAAUGGGAAAUAACGACACUCCACUCCCAAAAAUUUCGAUUUGUGAUGAUCCAUAUUUCGAGUAUCUGAGUACCACAUACCCAACAUUUAUUCCCAACGAUCAAAUAGAUAAUUGGAAGAAAAUGGGGUCUUACGUUGUCACUGUUGGUAAUAAAACUUUUAUUAGUUUCAAUACUAAUUUAUUGACGUCUGCUGCUUCGAGUGACUGCGGGAUGUUAGACUGGAUGGAAAAUCAAUUACUCAAUUAUUCCAGUGAAAAUGUGAUAUUAGUCGGGCAUAUACCCCCCGGUGUGGCUUCCCAUAACGCCGCAGACCACUUCGACCAAACACAACAAACCAAGUUAUUUGAAAUCCUCAAACGUCACAAAGACAUGAUCAACUCGAUGCUUUUAGGGCAUGUCCAUCGUGAUGAAUUUCGAUUACUUCCAAGUGAAGACCCGAUAGUGAUGAGUGUAGGGAGUGGAGCAAGUCCUGUGUAUUCGAACAACCCUGGCUAUCGAAUUAUUCUGAGUGACUCUAAUAGGAAAGAAGGGUAUGAUGAUAUAAUAAGUUACACUUUUAACCUUGAGGCGGCUAAUAUAGCAAAAGCACCAGUGUGGAUGAAAGAAGCAAGUUUCAUCAAAGACUUUGAGGUCAAAGAUAUCUCUGUGGAACAACUAACUCUGGCAAGAAACAAAAUCUAUGACGAUCUCCUUCUGGGUUCGUUUUAUCGAUUCAGAACAGUCGGGUUUUAUGAUACAAAUAAGGCACAAAUCUUGUGCGCUAUUGAAGCAGAAUCAACGGAGAUGAUGCUUCAGUGCACAAAGGCUGAGAAAUGUAAGGGUCUUAAUUACUAG